AUGAAUACCCAACUGGGCGCAUCAUCGACAGCGGCCGAUAUUGGUUCACUAAAUCUCAGUGAUUUGCAUUCGCUGCUCUGCGAGAUCGAGUCUACAAACGAAUCUGGCGACAGCUCGUUGCACGUUGAUGAUGACACCAGUAUUUCAAAACUCUCACCUGCUCAAGAACCUCCUAGGCUUUCGGGAAAAAACGAUGUGCCCCAAGAAGCAUGUCUGCAAGCGAAGGUCAUACCACAAUCAACCUACUCAACAGGUUCAAGCCACCGGAAACAGCUUGGCCACCAAACUGUACACAUACUGGAUCUGCCAGACGAGAUCCUCCGUCACAUAUUCGGUUUCCAAGCCACACAUCUCCUUGGAAUCAGUUCGGACAAUUCGCAGAUCAAACCCCUACGUCUUGUCUGUCGACGCUUCAAUGAGCAGAGUUCCCACUUGCUUCUCAACAGGCUCACUCUGGACUUCACUCGUUCAUCUCUAGAGAAGCUCGAGACAGUCUCCAAGCACCCAAUCAUCAGCAAAGGCAUUCGAAACGUCCAUUUCGAAUUACACACAUGGAGCUCAACGCUAGCCGCCUCCCUUUCCGCUUUUGCACGCUACCACCUGACUAACGGACGAGACAAUCUCCUAGGCAACAUCUCGAGAUCUCCGGCCGCUCGGGUAUCACGCCGCGUCACCCAUUCGAACUCUGAUAGACGAGGUAUGGUUUCUCGUGCAUUGUUGAUGUAUGCCACAGUCGAUCAGGAACUGCCGAGCGUGUCUGGCCUCGAGCCUGUAAAUGACGAUGGCAUUGAGUCUGUGGAAGCUUAUCAGCGUCUCCUGCGCCGCGCUCAUGAGGAGUAUCAACAUCUAUAUGACUACCAGAGAAAGUUGUUGAAGAACGAGACAUUCAUAACUACAGUCGUAUCUGCAAUCAGCCGGAUGCCAGCCAUCGACAAACUGGAGUUUCGUGACUUUAAUCCGCUGGUUGCGGACCAGCGCCAUGUUCUUGUCCCGAAUGCAGAUUCUGAUUUUGCCAUAUUCCAAGCGGAACUAUACAAUAAGCUGGUUUCGCCAAUGCCUUGGGGGGCCGCAGCCGGCUACUGCCAGGAAUCUCCCAUCAGGCUGCUUUUCCAAUUGCUAAGCGGCCUUUCUGAUACCGAGGUUCGCGUGACUUCCCUUAAGGUCGAUUUCACCUUCAGUGGGGAUUCCACUCUUCUGAAGAUCACAGAACCUGACCGCCACAAAAUCACGGAGGCAAUGCAACGACUCAAGAGCUUUGAUUUCAAACUUGCAUGUUCUUGGCCUACGACUGAACCAGACUUCUCGUUUCUGACAGCAAUCACAAAGACACGCAGACUAAGCCAUCUCCGACUGCAUGGCGGCGGGAUAGAACAGGAACCGAGCAGCCUCGCUCCACAUCUCCAGCACGAACUGGCUAUAGGUCCUGUUUUGAAUAGACAGCAGUGGCCGAGCUUGAGUACCGUCUUUUUGGACUGUGUCUCCGUCAAUCAGUCGACCUUGUCGCGCUACGUGCAGUGCCUGCCAGCGGGGUGCCAACUAGAGCUGCGAAAGGUCCGUCUGACAGACGGGUUCUGGGUUAAAGUCCUGGACGUUUUGCGCGACUGCCCAGCAAGGGUCGAGAUGCUGGUAGACCCUGAUGGAGGCGAGCGACGGGUCAUGGCUGAAGGAGAGUGGUCGUCAUAUUUCGGAAUGGCUUCAGGGACCUUUUGGUCCAAGAGCCGCGCAGAGAAGUACAUCAUGGGCUGGGACAAGGUCAAUCCUCUCGCACAAGGUGGUUGGUGA